AUGACCUCACAGCCCCUUGGGCUGGCAGAAGAGUCCAGUCAAAGCCCUGGGGAGUCUGAACUGGCUGUGAAUCCCUUUGAUGGGCUCCCCUUCUCUUCCCGCUACUACAAGUUGCUUGAGCAGCGGAGAGCCUUGCCUAUCUGGGCUGCUCGAUUUAUCUUCUUGGAGCAGUUGGAGAAUAGUCCCAGCGGAGUGGUGUUGGUAUCUGGGGAGCCUGGCUCUGGCAAGAGCACCCAGAUCCCUCAAUGGUGUGCAGAGUUUGCACUGGCCAGGGGUUUCCAGAAGGGCCAAGUAACAGUCACUCAGCCCUACCCUCUGGCAGCACUGAGCCUGGCUGUGCGGGUUGCGGAUGAGAUGGACCUGACCCUAGGUCAUGAGGUUGGAUACAGCAUCCCCCAGGAGGACUGCACUGGGCCCAACACUCUGCUCAGGUUCUGCUGGGACAGGCUGCUUUUGCAGGAGGUGGCCUCAACCCGGGGCACUGGAGCCUGGGACGUGCUAGUGUUGGAUGAGGUCCAGGAGCGGUCAGUGGCCUCGGAUUUACUCCAGGGGCUAUUGCGAGAUGCCAAGCUGGGAAAUCUCCCAGGGGACCUCAGAAUAGUUGUGGUAUCUGAUCCAGCCCUUGAGUCCAAGCUCCAAGACUUCUGGGACAAUGCCCCUAUUGUGUAUGUCCCCAGAAAGCCUUGCGGGAGUCCCACCCUCAUCUACAGGGACACUGUCCCAGCAGACCGGGUGGAAGCCGCCUGCCAGGCUGUGCUUGCGCUGUGCCAAGAGGAAGCUCCAGGUGACGUGCUAGUGUACCUGCCCAGCGAAGAGGAAAUUUCCCUGUGCUGUGAAUCCUUGUCCAGGGAGGUGGCAUCCCAGAACCCCCAAGGGCCUCACCUACAGUUGCUGCCCCUUCACCUAAGCUGCGGUCAUGCUGUUCAGGCUCUAUAUGAGGACACAGAUGCCAGUGCCCGGAAAAUCGUAGUCAGUCACUGGCUGGCUGACUUCUCCUUCUCCCUCCCUUCCAUCCGACAUGUCAUUGACUCAGGAUUGGAGCUUCGAAGUGUUUACAAUCCUCAGAUCCGAGCAGAAUCCCAAGUAUUGAGGCGCAUCAGCAAGCGUCAGGCAGAGGCAAGACAAUUGCGGGCAAGAGGGUUCCCAUCAGGAUCCUGUAUCUGCCUAUAUCCUGAGUCCUUCUUAGAACUAGAGGCUCCCCUCAUGCCCCAACCCAGAGUGUGUGAGGAGAAUCUGAGCCCCUUGAUAUUACUACUAAAAAGGAGACAGAUUGCAGAGCCAGGAGAGUGGCACUUCCUGGACCGGCCAGCUCCUGAAGCACUGAUGCAGGCACUGGAAGACUUAGACUAUCUGGCUGCCCUGGAUGAUGAUGGUGACCUAUCAGACUUGGGAGUCAUCCUAUCCGAGUUCCCCCUGCCCCCUGAAUUGGCCAAAGCCCUGCUGGCUUCCUGCGAGUUUGGCUGUGUGGAUGAGAUGCUCACUCUCGCAGCCAUGCUCACUGCUGCCCCUGGGUUUACCCAUCCUCCACUCUGUGCAGAAGAAGCUGCUCUGCGCCGUGCCCUGGAGCAUGCAGAUGGUGACCACAGCUCCCUGAUUCAGGUGUAUGAAGCCUUUAUACAGAGUGGGGAGGAUGAAGCUUGGUGCCAGGCUCGGGGUCUAAACUGGGCAGCAUUGUGCCAAGCCCGUAAAGUUCGGGGAGAGCUCCUAGAACUCAUGCAUCAAAUUGAACUCCCCUUGUCCCAACCAGCUUUUGGCUCUGAGCAGAACCGUAGAGACCUUCAAAAAGCACUGGUGUCAGGAUACUUCCUCCAGGUGGCCCGAGACACAGAUGGAACUGGAAAUUACCUGCUUCUAACCCAUAAGCAUGUGGCCCAGCUCUCCCCUUAUUGCUGCUACAGAAGCCGCAGGGCCCCAGCCAGACCCCCACCUUGGGUGCUUUACCACAAUUUCUCCAUUUCCAAAGACAACUGCCUUUCCAUUGUUUCUGAGAUUCAACCACAGAUGCUGGUGGAGCUGGCACCCCCAUACUUCCUGAGUAACUUACCUCCCAGUGAGAGCAGAGAUCUCCUGAACCAGCUGAGGGAAGAAAUGACAGAUUCUUUAGCAGGGAGUGAAUCCUCCACCCAGGAACUCAGAAAUGCCUGUGUCCUGCAGUGACCUGCCUAAGGAAUGAAACUG